AUGAAUUAUAUAAAUCGCUUUUGUGCUGGAUGGCGAGAUUUAAUGGAAAAUAAAUCAGAUCCAAGAACAUCAGAAUGGUUUUUAAUGUCAUCGCCACUACCUACCGCAGCGAUAUGUCUAGCAUAUGUAGUAAUAGUAAAGAUUGUUGGACCUAAAUUAAUGGAAAAUAGGAAGCCAUAUAAGCUUAAAAAUGUACUUAUAUUCUACAACUUCCUGCAAGUGAUUUUUAGUACUUGGCUUUUUUACGAGGCCAGUUCGACUGGGUGGUUAACAGACUACAGCUAUCGAUGUCAACCGGUAGAUUAUACAAGAUCGGAAAAUGGAAUGAGAAUAGCAAGGGGAUGUUAUUGGUAUUACAUAAGUAAAUUUACCGAAUUCCUCGACACAUUUUUCUUUGUUAUGCGUAAACGAUAUGAUCAAGUUUCAACAUUACACGUCAUACAUCACGGAAUUAUGCCAUUUUCUGUUUGGUGGGGUGUGAAGUUUACUCCAGGCGGCCACAGCUCAUUCUUUGGAUUUAUUAACACCUUUGUGCACAUUGUUAUGUACUUCUAUUAUAUGCUAGCCGCAAUGGGCCCACAAAUGCAGAAAUAUCUUUGGUGGAAGAAAUAUUUGACACUCUUACAAAUGGUCCAAUUCAUCAUGGUCAUGGUUCAUGCCUUCCAACUUCUUCUCUACAAUCCCUGCAAUUAUCCAAUUGCAUUUGUUUGGUGGAUUGGAGCUCAUGCCGUCAUGUUUUACUUCUUGUUCAGUAAUUUUUAUAAACAAGCUUAUAAAAAGAAGAGAAUUGCAGCUGAGAAGAAGAAAGAUAGAGAACAUAAGUACAUCAAUAACAAUGAUAGUACGAAAGAUUACCAUUAUGGAACUACCCAGCUUUAUUAUUCGCCAACAGAUAAGAUGGAGGAAAGUUAUAGUACGACUAGACAGAGAGUAUUUAUUGGUUCCAAAAAUUAG